AAGAAACACGGGUAUUAGCUUGUCAAUCCGAUGGGAACAAAGUACGGGCGAAUACUAGCGCUGGGAUAGCGAUUAGCGCGCAGGACGCUCUCGGGUAACGAUCGAUUCGCGUUUCGCCCUCAUCUUGCCCUUGCUAGCGCGAGCAACUUCAUCUUUACAUUCUCGCAACUCCAAGCAUACUAUUUACGCGCAUCUCGCAACCUGAAAUUCGAAUAUUUUCCUCAAUGAAAUAUAUCAUGAGAAAUCGCAUUACGUAAUAAAAAUCAUGCACGGGUUUGAAUUAAUAGCUCAAGGUGCGGAGGCUCGAGUUUAUAAGGGCGUUUAUUUAGGAAAGCCAACAUUAGUAAAAGAGCGAUUCGAAAAGAAAUAUCGACAUGUAGAUUUGGAUAAUCGCCUCACGAAGGAUCGAAUAAAAGCUGAAUGUCGUGCUAUUAUUCGCGCUAAAGCCGCUGGAGUAGUAACGCCAGCUGUAUACUUCGUACAUUUAGAGCGUCGAUGCAUUUAUAUGGAGUAUAUAGAAAAUGCAGUUGUACUAAAAGACUUUAUAGGAAAGAAUGUUGCAAAGGAUGUAAAUAUUGAACAUUUAUCGAAGUUUAUAGCACGAGGUUUAGGUGUCCUUAUUGCCAAAUUGCAUUCCAAAAAUAUAAUUCACGGGGAUUUGACCACUUCGAAUAUACUUUUACAAAACGUUGGCGAAGAUGUAAACAUUGAAAAAUGUGACGCCACAAACAAGUUUGUUGUAAUAGAUUUUGGAUUAGCUCGCGUAGAGUCGAGCGUCGAAGAUAAAGCAGUUGAUUUGUACGUCCUCGAACGGUCGCUACUUAGUGCACAUUCUGAAAUACCGUUACUAUUUUUAGAAAUAUUUAACACUUAUCAGAAACAUUAUAUAAACAAAAUACAAUGCAAAGAGGUUGUUUCUAAAUACAAAGACGUACAAGCACGAGGACGGAAACGGUUGAUGGUCGGAUGAUCCCGAUAUUUUUACGAAUGUAUUAAACACAUUUUAUUAACAUAUUUUUAAUAACUUAUACAUGUAAAUAUACUUAAAUAAACCUUUUGUGUAAAACUUGA